AUAAUUUAAAUGUGACUGAAGUCGGAGACGUGAAAGAUUUCAGCCCUCAUGCUGCGAUAAUGGUAAAGCUUUCCGUGUUGAAUGCUUGGGCUGAAUUGCAAGUGGCCAGCACCAAACAGGCGUACUUGGUUCAGGUCGUUCAACCAAACUUGUCUUUACUGUGCCCUCUUUGGGUAUCGGCAUUAAAAGAAUAUGCUCGGGUGCAGACAGAGACAGAAAUUUCUAAUGCACAAGCUAAUUUAGUGGGAACCAGAGCAUUUAAGAAUGAGCGAACUGAAGUUUUUGAUUCUAUGUACAGUGGCUUGACGAGAGAAGUUAUUCUUCCGUAUUAUAACAAAUCUUGGUUAACUAUUCUUGAAGCCGUGGCGAGUUUGGUUCAAAGUGGAAAUAAUCACAUAAUAUUAUCUUUGAAUGGAAACAAUUACGAAUCAAAAAUUCCAGUUAAACCAUCAGAAGACAUAACGGAAGAUGCCUUGAAUGAUUUCCAGAACUUUGAGGAACCUGGAGAUGGUGAUGGCGAUGAUUUUACUGGAGAAUUUUCAUCUUUCACCGAAGGGACAAAUUACGAAAAAGAACCCGCCAAGUAUUUUUUCAUCCUAUUUGGACUUUGCGUUGAAGCGUUAUCCAAUACAUUCGAAGGAGGUAGUCGCAUUAGCGAUGUAGAAAAUGAUGCAGAAAAUCAAAAGGUUGUGAUAAUCUGUAUUAACGCGCUGAAAGCCUUUCUGAGGCCAAUUGUUGCCGGGAAAAUUUUUCUGGAAAAGUCUGUAUUUAUUGAAUUGAUAAAUUUAUUUGAUCGGUUGGUGCUCACCGAAGGAUUCCAAGUACAGCUCGACAUUAUUCAAAUAAUAAAAAAUAUUAUUCAAAAUUAUGGUUCGAUAUAUAUAUGCGAAGAAGCACGUGAAUCAACAACGAGGAGAAAUGAAAGCGAUAACCUCAUCGAUUAUUCUGACAAUGAAAAAAAUGAAACGAUACUCUUUUACGUA